UGUCUCUUUCUUUCACCUAAUCUUCAUUGUCACAGACACAGCUGUCAGCCUAAGAAUCAUGCCCAUAGACUAUUCCAAAUGGGACAGCAUCGACAUGGAGUCGGAGGACGAUGCCCCGGCUCCUCCGGCUCCAGUCCGGCCGACACCUCCAGUCGCCGCCUCGGCGUCGAACACGAAGACAAGCCCAAGAAGCACUAGCUCCACCACCGCAUCUUCUUCGUCCGACGCCCAGGCGGUGAUUCUGUGCUGCAAGAAGGACCAAGUCAGCGCACCGCCCUGGUCUGCCACUACCAUCCCAACAACCCACCCUGUCUUCGACAACCCCGUCCCGCCAGUGCCCGACACAAUCAAGAUCCCCCUCGUCUUCCACCGUCUAGGCACAGUAUCAAAUCGGCAGGUAGACUUGGACAACCAGAUCGCCACGUAUAUUAACAUCGACGGGGGGAUUGGCUUCGCGCCGCCCGAGUGGCAGUCGCACGUCGGGUCCGUCAUCGUGGCGCGGCAGGACCGCAAGGCUUUACUGCCGCACCACCUCGAGGGCGUGUGGAUGUACUGCGACCACAUCCUCGACCUCUUUGGGGAGAGAGGCGGCCAGGCGCUGAGGGAGCUGUACAGCAAGCAGGCCUUUGCAAAGUGGUGGGACGGCUACUGUGAGGAGCAGAAGGGGUUUCGUUUGGGCACGGGCGGAGAGAAGGAUCCGGAUGAAUGGAGCGCGGUGAGGUCGCCUUAUGAGGUGUAGAUGCUUGGGAGCUUGUCUUUGGAGGGGAAUGGCGACGCUGGAAUUGUUGGCAUCAGGCUCUGCGUAACGGGUAGUAUGCGAGAACCUCGGAAUCCAAUCGUGGUGGGCAUGAUGAAGAUAGAGCUGCACGUUUUAUAUUUCGACAACACACCACGUACUCGACCAACUAAGUUGUAGGUCAAACUCGUCUCGGAUUCUGAUCCAACUUUCUCAAACUAGUUCGCGGAUGCAGGCUUGGCUCUCGUGGUGACUUCGCUCUACCAAAUGUGGUACGUG